AUAAUGUGUACAUACUCUUUUGUAUUAUGUACUUUGACCUGUUACACGCUCAAUGAUCUAAGCACAUAAUUCGCCGCUUUCCUUGAGUCCAAGUUCUACGAAGCACGGAUCUUACUUAGAUUAUUUAAGAUUUAUCCCGACUAUAUUUAUAAAUUAGCAAAGGCAUAUCACUGGUCCAUAAGAAGUUGCAGAGAUUGUUGAAAUUCACAAGUUUAUCGUUUAUCGCUUAUCCAAGUAAAGCUCAAGCAAGGAUUAUGUUGUUCAAACGGGUAUUUACUGCAGUGGCACGCCCGUCAGCUGUUAGACUAUUUUCAGCAAAUGCUACAGCUUCCAAUGGAUAUAGUUUUCAAUUAUCAGAUACUCAAAAAGAGAUGCAACAGCUCGCAAGAAAGUUCUCCAGAGAAGAGAUCAUUCCUGUGGCUGCCGAGCUAGAUAGAACCGGCAAAUAUCCAUGGGAUAUUAUUAAGAAGGCAUGGAGUUUGGGUCUACUUAAUGGACAUAUUCCACAAUUCUGUGGAGGUCUCGAAUGUGGAAUUUUUGAUGGCUGCCUAGUAACGGAAGAGUUGAGCUACGGAUGUUCCGGUAUAAUGACCGCUAUGGAAGCCUCUGGCCUUGCGCAAACACCUGUGAUUUUCGCCGGAUCAAAGGAACAACAGAAGAAAUAUUUGGGCAGACUGAUCGAGGAGCCACUCGUCGCGGCAUACGGUGUUACCGAACCAGGUUGUGGAUCGGAUGUAAGCGGCAUCAAAACCAAAGCGGAGAAGAAAGGAAAGGAAUGGAUUCUUAAUGGAACAAAGAUGUGGAUAACGAACGGUGGUGUUGCAAACUGGUAUUUUGUACUAGCGAGAACGAAUCCUGAUCCUAAGGCUGCCGCUAGUAAAGCCUUUACAGCUUUCAUAGUGGAACGAGAAUGGGAAGGGGUGGUUCCUGGUCGUAAGGAAAUGAACAUGGGACAGAGGGCAUCCGAUACUCGAAUGAUUACAUUUGAGGAUGUCAGAGUACCGGAAGAGAACGUACUAAUGGGUGAAGGUGCAGGUUUCAAAAUCGCCAUGGGAACAUUUGAUAAAACUCGACCUCCGGUAGCUGCUGGAGCCGUGGGUCUGGCGCAAAGAGCUCUCGACGAAGCCACGAGAUACGCCCUGGAACGCAAGACGUUCAACAAACCCAUCGCGGAACACCAAGCCGUAGCGUUUCUGCUCGCCGACAUGGCCAUCGGGAUAGAAACUGCGAGACUCGCUUGGAUGAAAUCUGCUUGGGUCACCGACGCCGGCGUCCCGUCAUCGUCGUACGCUAGCAUAGCUAAAUGUUACGCGGGAGACGUGGCGAACAAGUGCGCCUCCGACGCGGUCCAGAUAUUUGGGGGCGCCGGGUUUAACAGCGAAUAUCCCGUGGAGAAGCUAAUGAGAGACGCCAAGAUCUAUCAGAUUUACGAAGGCACGGCCCAAAUUCAAAGACUGAUUAUCUCUCGUAGACUAUUCGAGGAGUACAAACAAUCCGGUAGCGGUUAGGUCUUUAACUCCCCUGCAGGUUUCAAAUCGUCGUCCAACGGAGAAGCUCUCGGUAACCGUGUAAAGUCGAAUCGCGCGUCAACGCGGAGAGGCGGAUAGUCUGUUGCAACCGAUGAUCAAAUUUAUAAAUGAUACCUACAUAUAUAUAUAUUUUUACGCCCAUAUAUUUUUAUGAUCGCAAAAUAUACGCAACCGUUACAUAAAA